AUGAACAAUCUACUGAUCGCAAAAAUUGUCAAGAGGGGUUUGCCAUUCAUCGAUGUCAUCGAGUUGGGCCCGAUUGCGCUGCGUUUGAACCAAAUACUGGGUUGUCCCAUCAGCGAAUAUGACGUGCUCUUCUAUGCUUUUGUCUUCAGCCUGACAGACAAUGCCCUCGUAACGUAUACGUUUGCAUCGGACAUCUGCGAAAUCCAUGGUAUACCAUUUCCCUUGACACCAUGGAAAGAAUCGCAAUUGGACGAAAAAGCUGAAGGGCCACAGAAGUUUACCGAGAGCAGCGAAGCACAGCAAUUAGUUAACAGUCAGGAAAAUGCUCUUACCAUGCUUACGAGAGAUAAACAUCAUGAUGCCGAGGUAUUACAGAGUCCCUCUGAGUUGGAUGAGCAGGAUUCAUCCACUAGCCCUACACAACAGGUACAACCCACACGAGGACAGGGUAGUAGAUCAGAAUCGUUGGAAGUACCAAAGACAGUAUCAGAGAAGCAGGUGCUUUCAGACGAUGCCUGCAGUACUUAUACACAGCCCAUCCAACUGCAAAAAGAGCCGAGUACCGUAUCAGAAAAACAAGAUCGAACAGACAAAGAGAAGCAGGACGAAUCUGAAGCAGAAGAAAUAGCGGCAACUUCGCUACAACGAAAAACUUAUGCAGAGCCACCAAAUUCAGAUGAUGUUGGUUCUCAGGGAAAGCCCAAGGGCAUGGGAUGGACUGCCUUGACCACUGCAGGGCUGAUGAAGAAACUUGCUCAGCGGUCUCAGCGUGAUACGAAACCCAUCAUGUAUGAAGACUCAAACUCUCCAUGUAAGAAUGAAGCAGCUAAGAGAGGUUUUAGUCCUCCAAGGAGGCUCCCAGACAUCAACGAAGUGCCAAUCGAAAACGACGAAAUCAGCUCUGAAACAAUGGAAGGACGGACAGAUCCAGUCAUUGUACCACAGGAAGAGAAAGACAGCAGUCAAAACACCAAACUGGAUGUAGGAGAAUUGCAAAAGGUGCAAACUGCUCACUCUGAAACAUGUGAGUUAUUUGAUAUUUCUAAGCCCAAGGAGUGUCAAAAAGAGAAGAACAUUACCCCCAAGCAAAGUCAUGUUCAGAGAGAAGACUCUCAACCGAACUGCAGACCCUUUGCUGCAGAAGGGGACAACAGAGAUUCGUUGCAAGGGCAAGAACCAGAAAAAGAAGUGACCAAUGACACAGAAGAUGAAAGGUCAUCUACGUGGACAUCUCUAACAACAAUAGAAGCCUUGAGGACCAUCAUGAAUCUUUUUCCAUUUUUAAGUCAGUCACAAAGAGACAGCAAAGGGGGUGGAGCUGAUCAGGACAUAGUUGAGCCAAGCAGUAGCCAAGGGGAUAUUAGUCCGGUUUCCGCUAAACCGAGCAUUGAACGAGAAGAAGUGAGUCUGGAGUCUACUAAGCCAAGCAUCGGACAGGAGGAAGUUCGUCAGGAGUCCACUGACCCAAGCAUCAAACAAGAGGAAGUGAGUUCAGAGUUCACUGAAAUAAGCAGUAACCCAGAGAAGGAAAAUCUGGAGUCCUUUGAGCCAAGCAUCAGGCAGGAGGAAGUUAGUCAGGAAUCCACUGAGCCAAGCGUCAAACAAGAGGAAGUGAGUUCAGAGUUCACUGAACUCAGCAAUAACCCAGAGGAGGAAAAUCUGGAGUCCUUUGAGCCAAGCAUCAGGCAGGAGGAAGUUAGUCAGGAAUCCACUGAGCCAAGCAUCAAACAAGAGGAAUCCACUGAGCCAAGCAUCAAACAAGAGGAAGUGAGUUCAGAGUUCACUGAACUCAGCAAUAACCCAGAGGAAGGGAAUCUAGAGUCCUUUGAGCCAAGCAUCAGGCAGGAGGAAGUUAGUCAGGAAUCCACUGAGCCAAGCAUCAAACAAGAGGAAGUAAGUUCAGAUCUCUCAGAACUCAGCAAUAACCCAGAGGAAGAGAAUCUAGAGUCCUUUGAGCCACUAAGCAUCAGGCAGGAGGAAGUUAGUCAGGAAUCCACUGAGCCAAGCAUCAAACAAGAGGAAGUAAGUUCAGAUCUCUCAGAACUCAGCAAUAACCCAGAGGAAGAGAAUCUAGAGUCCUUUGAGCCAAGCAUCAGGCAGGAGGAAGUUAGUCCAGAGUCAACUGAGCCAAGCAUCAAACGAGAGGAAGUAAGUUCAGAGUUCACUGAACUCAGCAAUAACCCAGAGGAAGAGAAUCUAGAGUCCUUUGAGCCAAGCAUCAGGCAGGAGGAAGUUAGUCAGGAAUCCACUGAGCCAAGCAUCAAACAAGAGGAAGUAAGUUCAGAGUUCACUGAACUCAGCAAUAACCCAGAGGAAGAGAAUCUAGAGUCCUUUGAGCCACUAAGCAUCAGGCAGGAGGAAGUUAGUCAGGAGUCCACUGAGCCAAGCAUCAAACAAGAGGAAGUGAGUUCAGAGUUCACUGAACUCAGCAAUAACCCAGAGGAAGGGAAUCUAGAGUCCUUUGAGCCAAGCAUCAGGCAGGAGGAAGUUAGUCAGGAGUCCACUGAGCCAAGCAUCAAACAAGAGGAAGUGAGUUCAGAGUUCACUGAACUCAGCAAUAACCCAGAGGAAGGGAAUCUAGAGUCCUUUGAGCCAAGCAUCAGCCAGGAGGAAGUUAGUCAGGAGUCCACUGAGCCAAGCAUCAAACAAGAGGAAACGAGUUCUGAGUCAUGUGAGCCAAGCAUCAGACAAGAGGAUGUUAGUCUGGAAUCCAUUGAGCCAAGCAUCAAACAAGAGGAAGUAAGUUCAGAUCUCUCAGAACUCAGCAAUAACCCAGAGGAAGGGAAUCUAGAGUCCUCUGAGCCAAGCAUCAGCCAGGAGGAAGUUAGUCAGGAGUCCACUGAGCCAAGCAUCAAACAAGAGGAAGUAAGUUCAGAGUUCACUGAACUCAGCAAUAACCCAGAGGAAGAGAAUCUAGAGUCCUUUGAGCCACUAAGCAUCAGGCAGGAGGAAGUUAGUCAGGAAUCCACUGAGCCAAGCAUCAAACAAGAGGAAGUAAGUUCAGAGUUCACUGAACUCAGCAAUAACCCAGAGGAAGAGAAUCUAGAGUCCUUUGAGCCACUAAGCAUCAGGCAGGAGGAAGUUAGUCAGGAAUCCACUGAGCCAAGCAUCAAACAAGAGGAAGUAAGUUCAGAGUUCACUGAACUCAGCAAUAACCCAGAGGAAGAGAAUCUAGAGUCCUUUGAGCCAAGCAUCAGGCAGGAGGAAGUUAGUCAGGAAUCCACUGAGCCAAGCAUCAAACAGGAGGAAGUGAGUUCAGAGUUCACUGAACUCAGCAAUAACCCAGAGGAAGAGAAUCUAGAGUCCUUUGAGCCAAGAAUCAGCCAGGAGGAAGUUAGUCAGGAGUCCACUGAGCCAAGCAUCAAACAAGAGGAAACGAGUUCUGAGUCAUGUGAGCCAAGCAUCAGACAAGAGGAUGUUAGUCUGGAAUCCAUUGAGCCAAGCAUCAAACAAGAGGAAGUAAGUUCAGAUCUCUCAGAACUCAGCAAUAACCCAGAGGAAGGGAAUCUAGAGUCCUCUGAGCCAAGCAUCAGCCAGGAGGAAGUUAGUCAGGAGUCCACUGAGCCAAGCAUCAAACAAGAGGAAGUAAGUUCAGAGUUCACUGAACUCAGCAAUAACCCAGAGGAAGAGAAUCUAGAGUCCUUUGAGCCACUAAGCAUCAGGCAGGAGGAAGUUAGUCAGGAAUCCACUGAGCCAAGCAUCAAACAAGAGGAAGUAAGUUCAGAGUUCACUGAACUCAGCAAUAACCCAGAGGAAGAGAAUCUAGAGUCCUUUGAGCCACUAAGCAUCAGGCAGGAGGAAGUUAGUCAGGAAUCCACUGAGCCAAGCAUCAAACAAGAGGAAGUAAGUUCAGAGUUCACUGAACUCAGCAAUAACCCAGAGGAAGAGAAUCUAGAGUCCUUUGAGCCAAGCAUCAGGCAGGAGGAAGUUAGUCAGGAAUCCACUGAGCCAAGCAUCAAACAGGAGGAAGUGAGUUCAGAGUUCACUGAACUCAGCAAUAACCCAGAGGAAGAGAAUCUAGAGUCCUUUGAGCCAAGAAUCAGCCAGGAGGAAGUUAGUCAGGAGUCCACGGAGCCAAGCAUCAAACAAGAAGAAACGAGUUCUGAGUCAUGUGAGCCAAGCAUCAGACAAGAGGAUGUUAGUCUGGAAUCCAUUGAGCCAAGCAUCAGACAGGAGGAUGUAAGUCCAGAGUCAGCUGAGCAAAGGAUCAGACAGAAGGGCGUUGGUCAGGAGUCCACUGAGCCAAGCAUCAAACAAGAGGAUGUAAGUCUGGAGUCCAUUGAGCCUAACAUCAGCCAGGAGGAUGUUAGUGCGGAAUCUUUUGAGCCAGGCAUCAGCCAGGAGGUUGUUAAUCCGGAAUCCAUUGAGCCAGGAAUCAAGCAAGAGGAAAUGAGUCCGGAGUCUGUUGAGCCAAAGAUCAGACAGGAGGACGUUGGGCAGGAGUCCACUGAGCCAAGCAUCAAACAAGAGGAUGUGAGUUCUGAGCCCACAAAGGAUGCCGAGUCAACGAAAGAUGUUCAGCCAACUAUGGAUGCAGAGCCAAAGUCAACAACAAAUGUUGAGCCAAAGAAGGACGUUGAGGCAACAACGGAUUCUGAGCCAAAGUCAGGGGUGGAUUUUGUGCCAGAGAAUGAUGCGGAGCCCACAAAGGGUAUUGACCAAAAGGAAAAUGUUAACUCCACCAAGGAUGUUGAUCGAAAGGAUGAAGCUGGGUAUACAAAGGAUAUUGAAAUAAAGCGUAAUGAUGAGCCCACAGAGGAUGUUAGGCUUAAAAAGGACUCUCAACCAAAGAAAGAUAAACAACAAAAUGACGAUAAAAGGAGUGAUUCUGAUUUAGAAGAUGGUACACCAGGUGGCUGUUUUGAUUUCCUGAAAAAGAAAGUGCCUGAGCCAAGUGGCAAACAAGAGGAACCAAAGAAAGAGGAUGAACCAAAGAAAGGGUCUGAGCCAAGUGCUAAACAAGAGGAAUCAAAGAAAGAGGAUGAACCAAGUGGCAAAGAAGAGGAACCAAAGAAAGAGCCUGAGCCAAGUGGUAAACAGGGAGAAUCCAAAAAGGAUACACAGACACCAGAGGAUACACCAACGACAGAGGCUGAGCCCAGUAUGGAACAUAGCGAAUGCAUUAUAAGGGAAAGCCUUCCAUUCCUUAUCGAUCCAAAGAGGAAGACCAAGUUGAAGAAAGAGGAUGUGUCAAGUAGUCAACAAGAUGAGCCAGAGAAAGAAGCUGAACUAAAGAAGGGGAAGGAGGCAAAGAAAGAGACUGAGACAGGUGGUAAAGAAGAAGUGCCAGAGGAAGUCACUGAGCCAGACAAGGAGGAGCCAAAGAAAGAGGCUGAGACAGGUGGUAAAGAAGAAGUGCCAGAGGAAGUCACUGAGCCAGACAAGGAGGAGCCAAAGAAAGAGGCUGAGACAGGUGGUAAAGAAGUGCCAAAGGAAGAGCCCAGCAGUACAGAAGAACAAACAAAGGACUCUGAGUCGACCAGCAAAGCAGAGAAAUUGAUGAAAAAUCAGGAAUCAGGUACGAAUGUGGAGACUAUUAGCAAGACUGAAGACGGCAAGAAAGAUGAAGCUGAGGACAAACCAAAAGAGUCAAGUAACAAAGACGUAGCAGAAGCAGAGGAAUCACAAGAUGGCGAGAAGAAAGAAGAGCCUGAACCAGUGAAAAACUGGCAGAAAGUUGGAUUGGCAAUAAAAGGCUUUUCUUUAUUCAAGAAGAAAACGUAG